AUGGUAACAGACUCAAUGGGGACUCUAGACCUGGACCUGCGGGUCCUGUGUAACAGAGUGAAGGUCCUGGAGCAGAAUGAGGUUUCAGCCGUCCAGUCUGACAGCUACCUGAGGAACAGGAUCAGAGGGUUAGAGAGGUCAGAGAGGAGGCUGCUGCUACAGCUCGAUCAGCUAGCCUCUGCCUCCCACCUCCCCAGCAUGCAACACUCCCAGAGGCUGGACCAGAGACUCAACAUGCUCAGGGAGGAGGUCAGGACCAUGACCCAGGAGAAGGAGCGAGGAGAGCGGGUUUGGAGGGAUCGACUACAGCGCUGUCAGAGGCAGCUGAAGGCCAAAGAGGAGGAGAUGAGUCGUCAGUCCCAGUACUUCGAGAACUUUAAAACCCAGCUCCAGCACAAGCUCAGCCUGGCCCGGGACAGAGAGCAGAGCCUACAGAACCGGAUCUACGCUUUAGAAAAGCAGCUACUGGACAUGACUGUGAGUGCCGCCACUGGCAUGACAACGAUCAGUGCAGUCAGAAUUACUGCCGGGACUGUCACACACUGGGAAGAACAAGAGAGGCUACCUUUCAUGAGAGGAGAGGGUGAAGGAGAAGAGGAGAGAAAGGAGGAGAGGAGGAAGCAGUGGCAGCCAAGUGUGGGAAUUGAGAGAGGAGGAGCACGAGAGAGUGAUGAGGGAAAGACAGCGAAAGAGAUACAAGGGAAAAGAGUCAAAGACACACAACAGAACUCAAAUGAAGCCGGGCUGCAAGGCUUCAUCCUGAGCCUGCAGGAGGAUCUCAGGGUGCUGCUGGAGAGAGAGGAGGGUGGCAUGACCGAGCGGAGGGGACUGUUGGAGCAGCUCCAGGAGGCUCAGGAGAACAGCCACUUCCUGGGCUGCAAGGUGGAGGAGAUGAAGGCAGAGGUGCACCAACUGAAGCUCUCUGAAAACUCCUUGAUGGAGGAGGUUGAAGAACUGAGAGAGGAGAACAACAGGCUCCAGCAGAUCCAUACGGAUGCAGCUAACCAAACAUCCAGUCAGUCAUCCACAAUCCCAUCUGCGGGUCUUGGGACCAGCUCGCCCAACUGCAGUCCUGCUGUUAGUUCUGUGUCCUCCAACACUCUCUCACAUACCACGGCCAAGGGAGAGGUCCAUCUAACCUCGGAUGAGGGAAUAGGCCAGCCUCAUUCAUCUGCAGUUCCACCUGUUCACCACUGGGCUUCAGCAGAGAGAACACAAAACAAACACAGCCUCCGGUCCCUUUCCGUGACUGCAGAGACACUAGAUGAAUUUAAACUGGAGACUUGGGGCUCUAGAGGGAUCCUAAAUCUGGAGAAAAUCCACAGUGAGGAAUCUGAAGCCCUGAGGGAAGCCUACAGGAGCCUGGGGUUGGGGGAGGAUCUUGAGGCACUUCGAGAACAACGUGACCGCCUGGAGGUUGCCCUGCAGCACACGCAGGAACAGCUGCAGGUGAUGGCUCAAGAGAAUACUCAACUGAAAUUACAACUCAGGAAAGAGGCAGAGGAGCAAGAAGCACAGGCAGAGCAGGAGUCUUCAAGAAAAAGGAUUCACACAUUACCCACCAGUGAUGUAGCUGAAGAUAACAACAUUCUUGCCCUGGACCAGGAUGAUCUCGUCCAGGCCCUGAAUCAUGAGAACCGGGCCUUGGCAGACCGGAUCCAGGAACUUCUGGCUCACAUUGAGCUCAGAGACGAGGAAAUCAAGAGGGAGGAAACACAGCUGAGGGAGCAUAUCUCCAAGCUAGAGGUGGACGGAGUCAGACUGGAGCAGGAGAAGCAGGAACAAGGGUGUUUGAUUACAGAACUCACUAAGAAGACUGAGGAUGAUCUCAAUACCAUAAUGGAUCUGCAGCAACGGUUAGUGGAGAGUGAGGAGCUUAUUGCAGAAUCACCGGUUGUUGAGGAACUGUGUGGAUCUCAGUUGCAAAGAGAAUGCACAGCUGUAAUAUCAGGUCAUUUUCAACAGAACAACCUGGAAGAAUGUGUGGACAGUUUAGUAGAAAGUUACAGCUUUAGCACCUGGUUCUCAACAUGAUAAUCACUAUGAUUUGUUGCAGGAUAGCCUACAAAGCAAUGUUAGUUCACUGACUGAUCAAGUGGGCCAGCUGACCAAGUCAGUCCAGAGCCUCAAAACAGAACAAGAGGAACUGUCAGGCUGCAUAAAUUCUCUCAGAGAGCAGCAGAGAGAAGUGACUCUGUCAGUUCAAACACAGACAGAAGUGAAGCAGCAGUUAACUCGGACAGUUUGGGGACUGAAGGAGGAGAAAGACCGCAUCUCUCAAUCUCUGGCUGGUCUCAAACAAGAGAGAGAGCAGCUAACCAGGGCAGUCUGUGGGCUAAAAGAUGAGAGAGACCAGUUUAUAAGGUCUAUGAGUGGCCUAAAAGAGGAGAAAGAGCAGCUAACUAAGUCUGUAUCUGGUCUCAAAAGAGAAAAUGAGAAACUGUCAGAAUCUCUCUCAAGUGGAAAAGAAGAGGGAGAUCAAAUCAUGCAGUCACUAGAAAGUUUACAGACAGAGAAUGACCAGUUAAGCCAGGCAGUGCUCGGUUUGAAACAGGAGAGAAACAAACUAACCAAUUCCCUUAAGUGUCUGAAGCAACAGAGAGACAAGGAACAAUCAUCUUACACUUCACAAGAAGACUGUGACAAGUUGAUAAAAUCAGUUAGCAGUUUGAAAGAAGAAAAAGAAAGAAUUGAACUCUCAAUCAGUUGUUUGAAACAGGAAGAAGAGCAGAUACAUCUAUUACUCCAGGGCCUAAGAGAGGAAGGAAACAGACACAAAGCUGGUCUGUCCGGCCAAACACAAACAGAGGGCAGGAAUCAUAAACUGCCUAUGCUGAAUCUGAACAGUGCCAUUAUUGGGACGGGAGGAUGUGCUACACAAAGAUGUCAGACUAGUGACCACAGAGGAAACUCUGUACAGGAGCAAAGUGAUCUGAUGAGGGAGAUUGAAGCCUUGGGAGCAGAACUAAAGAGGUCAAAAGGCGAACUGGACAAGAGCCAUGUAGAUACGGAGAGGUUGCACAGUGAAUUGUGUCAGUCAGAAACCAGGAGGGAGGAGGCAGAGAGAAAGGCAGCCCAAGCAUCUGACAAGGUGACGAGGCUGACAUUUGUAGCUAAUCAGAUUGAAGAAACCAGACAGGAAAAUGAGAGCCUCAUAACCCAGGUGAAGGAGCUCCAGAGAAAAUUUACAGACUUGGUCAGGGAGAAGACUGAUGCUCUGUCACUAAAGGCACAAAUAGAGGAGCAAUACAACGUCCUUACAGCUCAGCUCAAAGCUAAGACGGUGGCUCUAGAGGAGCUAAACUCAGAGUAUAUCGCUCUGAAACAAGGGCAGGGAAGCAAGGAUGAUCUGAGCACUGUUCUCGUCUCACUCAGGACACGUUACAACGACAUCAGAGCUAAGUAUGAUGCACUCCUGAGAAAGAGGAGCCAGAACGAUCUGGAUAUAGCUCCUUUAAAGGCCAAGCUGUCUUGCCUGGUGGUCAAGUGUCAGGAGAGGAACAACUUGUUGGUUCAGAUGAUGAAGGCCAUGCACAGACAAGGCAAUUUGGACUCCAUACUCACACAGCAGGUUGAGCAGCUGCUCAGUGACACUGCUCUGCAGGACUACACUGCAGCAUUCACACCAGGGAGCAACGUAAAGACCCGGGAUAACAGUACUGGCGUCACACCAGGAUUUAUUUCAGCAUUUCAGCACUACUCUAGUGGACUCACUCCCGAUCGGACCUGCUCUACUAUACCCUCACUUGUAAAUCAGCAAUGCCAAAAUGGAUUUGCAUCUGAAUCUGGAGUGAAAUUUAGAGAGCUAAAAAGAGAAAAACAUACAUCUUUAGUCACCAUGGACUCCACAAAAAAUUGUGAAGACUGCAGCAGUGAAGUCACAUCUUCAUCAGCAGAAACACUAAAUAAAAAUGCCAACUCACCUGUGCCACCCUCACCAGUGCAAGUGUGUGCCAGUGUCCAAGCGGCACCAUCAUGUGUGGUUUCAGCACUGAAAGAGGGCUUGAUCACCAAUACAGCACAGCUGUCUCACUCUGCCACUGGACCUGAGAAAUUUGGAUUUCAUCAUCCAGACAUGAAAGGGAAGUCUUCCCCAGAUCUGACCAGUUUGGCUGGAUCCUCACUGAGUCUGACUCCUCCCUCCUCCAGCACACGUGUCGGUGCGAGCAGGAGACUGAGUAGUCCUGAGAAGAUCAUCAGCCUACAUGAGCAACUGCAGAAGACUCUAAUGAGCAGUUUUCAGGCUCCAGUGAGCAGAGGAAGAAGACAGCAGCCCAGGAAAAGUCUAUCUUUUUCAGCUCCUGCAGACCUAGGACCAGCCUCUCAGAAAAAUAAGCAGAGCCUCAGUUUUAAUAUACCACUUACAGACUCUCUCCCAGUCACCACUGCUUCGAGCCCAGCUAAGCACGCUCCAGCUGUGACAACCACACCUGUUUCCACUAAUAAGUCAGCAACACUUUUUAAUGCAGUCGCCUCUAGAUCUGCUAAUAUUACAUUCAGUCCCAUGUUUACUAACCAUCACUGUAAAGCAGACCUGUCUAAAACUACAAAUUCUGCUCUUUCUAGCUCAAGCAAAGCCAAAUACACCUCCAGCUGUGGCACUAAUAUAGCAAUAUCCCCAAAACUAACAAAGAAAGUCAUCACCGCUAUCCCUGACAUAUCUGAUGCUAAACAUACAGCUCCCACUCCUUUAAUUCUGAGGACCACUACCUUUGUCCCUGAUGUCUUAAUAUGUUCAGACACCAAUCCAAAAAUCACUGCCUCAGACACUGCCCCUAGCAUAACAACUGCCCCCGAGGCUAAUCAUUUUAACAUGCCUUCUAAAACCGAUGGUGCUGCCCCUGCAUAUGACGGGCCUGUAAUUGCUGCCUCCUGCACUCCAUCUGCUCAUUGCUCUCCUGAAAGAUCCAACAAGUCUGCCAGAAAGUCCACCACUGCUCUAGAAAAGACAGCAAGACCCAAACCAGGAGCUCCAGCUGAGGUUCGCUCCGUUGAGGUCGUCAAAACAGUGGGCCAGAGCAGCCUCAUGAUUGGCUGGGAGAGGCCGCCGCUUGACGAGCUGGGCUGCAGUAACGGCACAUUUGUGUACGGAUACAGGGUGUUUGUAGAUGGGGACUUCCACAAAUCUGUCAUGAGCUCAGCGUGCACCAAGUGUAUUCUGGAGAAUGUCGACCUGAGUGGCCCAGUCCACAUCAGUGUCCAAACACUGGGCUCUAAUGGUCUCAGUUCCAACAGUGCCCACACUAUGUACAGGACUUCAGUGAGAACAGAACACCACUGACUCACAGUGUCCUGACUACAGCAACCAUAAUAGGGGCAUACAAGUAAGUAGUAAUUUUAGACACUUUUUUCCUACAUGUUUAAUUCAAAUUUAUAGGUGUUUUAUUAUUUUGUCAGUGGCUCUGUAGGAUUACAGCAACUUCUUGACGAAAACCUUCUCAGCCAGUGGUUUGAAUGGUAAGUUGUACGCAAAAAGUAUGGCUGAAUAUUUUUGUUUUGUUGCAUACAUUUUAUUAUGUAUGUGAAACGGUUUGUCUUGUGAUUACAAAUUAAAAUUAAAAUAUGACAUUAAAGUGAUAUAGAAUAUAGUCUAAUAUAUAUUUUAAAAAAACUAAAAGAUACCUUUUCAAACCAACAUUUGUGAUGAUCUAUUUUCCUCUUUCUCUUCUCUGUCCUGUGUGUCCUGUCUGUCCUGUGUAUGUGUGUGUCUGCCCUUCAGUGCACAGCCAUCUAUAGCCGCAGCCCUCUGAGGGACUGUGCUAACCUCCACCUCAGCGGACAGCGAGGGCGAUACCGUCACACUGCUGGGAUACCCUCAGGCUCAGGUCAACCAAUCAGAAAAACUCAUCUUAUGUUGUCACUAUGAACACCUAUGCCUAUGAACACGUAGUGACCUGUGGCCGGCCAAUAAACCUCAAAACGAUUAACUGAAGAUGUCAAACACAACCCCAUAAGAUUCCUGAGAGUUAAUCUGCACGUAAAAGCAGGUGAAGAUUGAUCCGAAGAACUUCCUGUUUUAGAGUCCUGAACACUGGAUUCACCUCUCGAAUGGAUAUGACAUUGUGAGUGUCUGCCAGGUGAAAGGCCAGCGUGGCUGCCAAUCAAACAAAUCCUGACAAACUGAUUUUAAAAAAAGUGUUACUUCUCUAUGAACUAGAUGAAGCCAAAAUCAAUCACAGUGUCACUGUUGGAGGGACGUUUGCAUCUGGUGCAUAUUUUAACACUGUGUUUAACACUGAGAGAUCACAUGUCAUAUGGCUUCAUCUGCCUCUCUGGACUCUGUGACAUUAACAGCUGACUGGGACAUUCACUGUAUGAAAAGCCUUUUUUUUUUCUUUUCAAAGCAACACACACUGUAUAAUGUGCCGACGCAACAUUGUACCCUGUGGUUAUCUUACUUGAUUUUUACACAUGAAGCCAAAUAUGAAAAAAAGAUGAUUCACUCCAAAGACUUAUCUGUUUUUUGCUCCUCACAGGUCUACGGGGUUAUUUAAACACAGAAGCCAGGUGUUAUUUUAAGUUCUGAAAUUUGCACACAGUCAUUAUUGAUAUCUAGAAGAUGAAAUUAAAAAAAGAAAUUAUUACUGAUAUUUUUUUGUAGAGAAUAUUAUAAAAAAUAUGCCAAUGUAUCACAUAUUUUACGUUUUUGUAUGAGUGACACUUUCUUUUUCAUACCUAAUAGAUGUUAUGUUUGCACGCUCAUAUUGUUUUUUUUGUUUUAUACAAUGUUCACAACACACACUAUGAUGUUCUUUUGCUACUUUCUGUAUGUACGGAUGUGGAGUGAUCAUGGUGCAGCAAAGGUAUUUUUCUAUUAGUAAUUGAAAACAUUGAUUUCACAUUGAUUCCUUAACACUAUACAGAGAAUAAAUGUUUAUAUAAUAUUAACUGUCAUUGCAGUGUAUGUGUGUGUGUAUGUGAGCCUAGGUUAAAAAAAAAACACUUUUGGUUUACAACUUAUGGUUGAAAUUGAUCCAGAGUUUCAGCAACAUG